GUAGGUUUGCAUGAUCAGCCUUUCGAGCUGCUGCUGGGAGAGGGAACAACCGUCUAACCUCAAUGCUUGAAAUACAUUUUUAAUAUUUGUCUACUUGUCGUUUAUUUUCGUUGUCUAAAAAUGAAGUGCCUUCCCACCGGAUUCAUCCUAAAAAGUGCCUUAUUUCCCUUAUUGCUCACCUUUCAAUUGAUCUAUGGAACGCGGUCCCGGUAUAACCAGGGGUAUAACAUGUUCCAGGGAAGCGCAUACUCUGGCUCAGAACAAAGACAAAGGAAUAAAAACUGGUGCGCAUACGUUGUGCACAAGAACGUGAGCUGUGCGGUCGUGGGGGGUAUGGAGAGCUUUGUGCAGCCGGAGUCAGCGCCUUGCCGGAAGCAUCAGCCCAACUGCGCGCAACAAGUGAUGUAUCGGACCCAAUUCCGCCCCAUGUAUAAGGUUGGCUAUAAGCUGGUGACAGAGCUGGAGUGGAGGUGCUGUCCAGGCCACCAGGGUCAAGACUGCAAAGACUUGAAAGGCAUCCCAUCCAGUCAGACAGUGCUGGGGCCUCGGCCCACCCUGCCUCCCGCCCCAGAGACACAGGAUCCGGGACAGCAGGCAUGGGGUCAGAGUGGCCAAGAGCCGGCAGGGGGCCAGGGAGGGAGUCAGACGACACAUCAGCUGGAUGAGGUGGUACAGCGUCUGUCCCAGCAGAUUCUAGACAUGCAGGCAGCCAUGACCAGCCUGUCGGCCAACCUGAGGGUGGACCUGCAGGAGGACGCCAGCAAGAUGCUGGUCACGCUGCUCAAUGUCUUGCGGCAGCCAGACCGCGUGCGUGGGGAGCAGCAGAGCAUGCUGCUGCAGGGCCUUUCACUGGAAAAAGCAUACAACAUGGUGGACAUUGACAAGUUCACGAGCAAGAUCAACCACCUCACCGACACCAUAAACACCAAGAGCAAUGUACUGGACGACCUCCAAGCCAGAGUCAACCACCAUGACGGACAGCUCCACCUGCUAAUGGAGGCCAGCCCGGCCUCACCCCCUCCCUCUCCUCCGGCUAAUGAUGCGACCCUGCGCGCCUAUGUGGACACAAAGUUCCACGCCCUGAAGGACGAGAUGAUGGAGGGCAUGGAGAUCAAGAUGGCAGACCUGAAGAACUCAUGUGACUAUAAGAUCCUGUCGGUGCAGGAGCAGUGUGUGGGCCAGGAGAACAGCUACCUGAGCCUGACCGAGCUCCUCGAGUCCAAGGAGAUGAACCUCCGCAAAGAGAUCCAGGACUUCAAGAACCAGCUGCCUAAUUCACAGAGGGGAGACGGAACCCCUCCAGGGGUGGAGGAGCUGCGAAAGGAGCUGUUCCGGGUCGCUGAGGCCCAGCUGAUCCUCAAGUCCAGCCUAGAGAAGAAGUCCAAGCCUGACCCACUCCUGGCCCGUGUGGAAGAGCUGGAGGCCCGUCUCAACAUGUCGGAGAGGAGCGAGAAGGUGCGCAGCCUCUUCCUGGAGGAGAAGCUGAGGAGAGAGGGGGCGGAGGGGGCCGCAGACCUGAAGAAUGCUAUGGAGGACAGGAUGAGCUCCAUGGAGGACCGGGUCACUACUCUACUGGUGGAGAUAAGCAGCCCUGUAUCUGGGGCGCAGACUGCGCUAGAGGCACUGCAGAGUGCUCAGGCUCUGGAGGACAGACUCAAUUCCCUAGAACAGCUGUGCUCUACAGAGUGCAAGUCUGACCAACCGGCCAUAGAGCGUAUUCAACAGAACCUCCGGGUCUACAGAACUAGCCUAGACACAAUUCAGUCUAACAUCAAUGUGCAUUCAGCUAGUCUUGCAGACAUGGAAGAGUUUGUCCAAGGGCAGCUCCUGAACCAUACCGCCAGUCUUACAGAUGUGCAGGAAGAACUAGGAGCUCUUAAAGAACGUAUUGGAGGACAGCAGGGUUCUCUGUCAGCCUUGGGUCUCUCUCUUAGCCAGCAGUCCCUGGAGCUCCAGGGGCUGCUUCUGAACCACAAUGCCAGCCUUACAGGCGUGGAAGAAGUGCUAGGAGCUCUCAGUGGGCGUAUGGGAGUACAGAAGGGCUCUCUGUCAGACUUGGGUAUCUCUCUCAGUGAUAAUCUUAAAGAUGUGCAGGAAGAGCUGGGAGCUCUUAGUGGGCGUAUGGGAGAGCAGGAGGGUUCUCUGUCGGCCCUGGGUCUCUCUCUCAGCCAGCAGUCCCUGGAGCUCCAGCAACUGAACACCUGUUGCCUGAGCAGUGCAGGGCCAGCCCAGGAGGCCAAGGACCUGCUACAGCUCCACCUGACCCAGAGAGAGGAGCUGAGGGCCAGGCUGGAGGAGCUGGACAAGGAGGUGAAGGCUGAGGCAGACCACUGCAGGAACAGGACCGAGGGCGUAGCUCUGGACGUUGUCAGUAUGGACAGCCGGGUUACCAGCUUGGAGAACAUGUGUGGUAGGCUGGAACCCAUCUCCAGCAGCCUGCACAGGAUCAAGGAAGGGCUGAACAAGCAUGUUACCAGCUUGUGGAACUGCAUCAACCAGAUCAAUGGCACCUUGCAAGCCCACACCAAGGACAUCAGAGGACUGAAGGGAACAUACCAGAACCUCCAGGACCACUACUCAGGUAUCACCCAGGCCCUACAUCAUCUGACCACCAGUCCUGAGAACAGUGGUGUUCAUGUAGGUGUGGAGGAGUCUGGUAAUCCCACCAAGACGAAGCUUGUCCCUCGGGGCCCUGUCCUACCCGUUGGGCCAAUACCAGAUGGGGCCCUACUACAUAUGAUGGAGACUGGGGAGGCAGGAGCCCCCGGAAUCACCAUCUCUUCCAAACCUCCCAAAGGGGCCGACGGCAGCUUGUCCACCCUCAAGGGCUUCGCUGGAGCCCCAGCCUCCCCACCCUCUACAGGGUAUUUAAAGCCUAAUAUGCCAAUGCUUUCUGGUGAGCGGGUGUCCUUCUCAGCUGGUCUCAACCGCUUGCCCUUCCCUGGGGAGGUGGGUAUCAUCCGCUUCAACAAGGUGUUGGUAAACGAUGGGGGACACUAUGACCCUCACACAGGCAUCUUUCACGUUCCCAUGGAGGGCCGCUACCUGCUGAGUGCCGUGCUGACAGCCCAGAGAGGUGCCAAGGUGGAGGCGAUGUUCUCUGUGUCCAACCGCAGCAUCCAGAGGCUGGACACGGCCGGUUACCUGCCUGAUAAUGGUGGAGGAGGUGGGGCUGGCUCCACCAGCUGUGACUGCGGAGGCUCUGCCUCCCUGAGCCUGGUUCUCACUCUGAUGCGUGGGGACAGGGCAGGUUUAGUCAUGACCGCAGGCAAACUUGCCAUCGCCGAGAACACAGAGGUCCUCUCAACAUUUAGCGCCGUGCUUCUCUACCCGACCCCCUCAAAAAAAUAGCCGCCAUGUUAUAGACAAAGUUAUCCCCUAAAAAAAAUAGAACCCCACCAAUGAUAUUGCUUUAUGUAGCUCCACCCUCAAAACAACACCCAUUCUACUUUAGAUGUAUGCCUCGUUCACGUGUUAGCCGGAACUAGGAACCUCUGAAAUUUGACUUGCUAAUCGGUUGUAGUUCUACACGUGUCGUGUUCAACCAGUUAGCAAGAUGGUAAUUUCUGAGUUUCCUAGUUCCCGACAAGCGCGUGAACGUGGCAGUAGUAUGCCCAACAUUGCAUGCCUUACAGGUAUUUUAGUAAAACAGGUAGAUUGCUUCAACGUGCUAUCAUAUGACAGAGCUUUCAUACAAAAAGAGAUGUAUCAAAUAUUCGAUCAUAGGAUUCUUAUGAAGGGGAUGGGGCAGGCUACUGCCAUUUAUGGAGUAUUAACAUUUAGUGAUUGAUUAUAUUUGAAAUGUUUGAAUGUGUGCUUGUGUUGAUGUGUUCAAUUUGUUGUAGUUAUUUUGAAAUGACUAUUUUAUGAGAACCAUCAAUUAUAAUACCGUACAUACAGGUAACUGACAAAAUAAAAGAAACCUAAACAAAGUUUCUUAAUAGGGCGUGGGGCCACCACAGCUUCAAUGCACCUUGGUAUGGAUUCUACAAGUGUCUGGAACUCUAUUGGAGUUCUACCAUUCUUCCACGAGAAAUUCCUAAAUCUGGGGUUUUGUUAAUGGUGGUGUAAAACUUUCAGGCACCGGCCCAGAAUCUCCCAUAAGUGUUAAAUUGGGUUGAUCUGGUGACUGAGACCACAAUGGCAUAUGGUUUCAUGCGCAUCAAACCAUUCAGUGACCACUUGUGGAUGGGGACAUUGUCAUCCUACAGGGUCUUAGCCGUGGUAGCCCAAAAAAAUUGCUAAAAUAAUGUAGAAAAUGCCCAGCAUUUUAUACAUGACCCUACACAUGAUGGGAUGUUGAUUGCUUAAUUAACACAGUGUUCCACCUGUGUGGAAGCACCAGCUUUCAAUAUACUUUUGAAUCCCUCAUUCAUCAAGCGUUUCCAUUGUUUUGGUAGUUACCUGUAGCAUCGUUAGAGGAACUAACGUUAAACAAAUAAGCUGGUCAUUUUUCUACAUGACAAGGGAUACAGAACUUUUCAACAAGGACAGUUGUUUUGAAAGGUCUUUUGCAUUUCAACACAUUCCAAUGAGUCAAUGUUCUUUAGGACCAAUGCCUGAAAAGGAAAUGUUUCAAUACCUUUUCUUGGAUCAGAGGACUUGAAUUCAGCCCCGGGGGCCAGUAAUAAAAAAUGUGUUUAAACAGUGGCCAUGGGUGU